GGAACAUCUAGAGCGCGAUAAGUAGUGUGAAUCGAACAGUGAUAUCAUGCUAAAGUCCAUCGAAGAAUAUCCUGGGCAAGUCCCUUAGCUACUUGAUCAUGGUAACAAGUCCGACUGCUGUUGAUAAUUUCAAACAAAGUUGUUUGGCCCCCGAGAGAUACCCGCCCCCGUAAUCUAUUUAGGGUUGUUGUGAGAUUCCUUUGCGACGUGGCUGACACAAUCCGCGCUCGGAAAACCCUGUCCUCGAUUGUUCUCCAUUCUGAUGACCAUUCUUCUAUUUGAUUCAAGAAGAAACACAAGUCCGACAUGGACAGUCUAAGAAAAAUGCGACAAAUAUCUCGUCAAGUCUAUUUGGGCCUUCUGGCUUUAUUUGUGUUGCUCGUAUUUCUUGCUACUUCUAGAUCUUCACUAGGAGCGUCGCCGCGGGGUCACCUAUCUCAGCAGAUAAGAAAAAAGCAACCAAAUUAUACGACUACCGAGUCUAUCACAAACAACACCUUGGGAUUUUCCAAGAUCUUCGUAGUCGGCCUUCCGGAUCGCACGGAUAAACGUGAUGCGCUCGCUCUGACGAGCACCCUUACCGGGUUUCAUGUCGAAUUCAUUGAUGGCGUCAGAGGCGAAACCAUCCCCGACCAAGCAGUGCCUCCUGGAGUUGAUAGAGCAGCAUUAAUGGAAGGCAACCUUGGCAGCUGGCGGGCUCACAUGAAUGCGAUACGAAAAAUAGUCGAGGAAGACAUUGAGACAGCUCUGAUCUUAGAAGAUGACAUGGAUUGGGAUGUUCGCCUGAAGAAGCAGCUCUCACAGAUCGCUGAAGGGACCCGUUCCUUUUGGCCGUCUGAGGAUAUACCGUCGUCACAGUAUGGUGAUACCUGGGAUGUGUUGUGGCUAGGACACUGUGGUGAAAUAUUUCCUGAAGUACUUCCUGAAAAUGAGGGGAAGCCGCGGUAUCCCAAAUUCACCAUACCAAAUGACGAGACUGUACCACCUCUCAAUAAAAUCACUGGCCUCGUUGAGUUUGCUAAGCAUCCAGAAUUUACAAGAUGGGUCCAUGUCAGCGGCGGGCCAAUUUGCAGCUUUGCAUACGCUCUCUCACAGCGUGGUGCCCGUAAAGUCCUGUUUGACCUCUCUAUCGACCAUCUAGGAGGGCCAUUCGACAACGCAUUGGCAGGACUCUGUCGGGAUGGUGCCUCGGGAAAUAUAAAUGGACUCCGAGCUAAGUGUCUUACUGUCACGCCUCCUGUCUUUUUUCAUCACCGCGCAAAAGGCCCUGUCAAGAGUGACAGCGAUAUUCAGGAUACAGCCAACACUGAAUGGCGGGGAAAGGGUACAACUGAGAACAUUAGGUGGAGCGCGAGGAAUAACUUGAGAAAUAUGAUGCUUGGAUUAGAGAUCGAGAGUCAGUUUUAAAAGAUACCUCAGAGAAUAUUUAUUCAAACGACUUGUACACAUAGACGACAUGGACUUAAGCGACACCUGCAUUUACCAUAUAGGCAUAUGUUAGUUACCACAACUGCUUGGCUAUACCAAAACUAAAUAGGCGUCAGAGGCUUGACUAAUUUUGGCAGAGAAGCGUGUCCUAUUUAUUGUCCGAGGUGUGAUGAAUACUUAUAGUGAUCAAAAAAGGAAGAUUCAAGUGCUUGAAAGCACUAGGAAGUGCGGUGAGUGUGGAUCGAACACACGACCUUCAGAUUA